UCUACUAUUUUACUACCCCACUCCUUUCCAUUUGCAAAUCUCCUCCUCCUCCUCUUGUCCAUUGCAUUGUGCGCAUGUUAGUACAACCAACACGCAUCCUUCCUUUCUUUUCCACAAUCUCUACUCUUGUUGUUGAAUUGUGUGCAUAAAGAGAACACCUCUGCUUGCAUGCUCAACUAAUCUUCUCUCUCUCUCUCUCUGUAAAUCAGAAUCUUUGGUUUUUGAAUCACACCAUAAUAUAUUCAUCACCAAGCACACCAACUCAAAUUCUCUGCAAUACUUUAACUUCAAAACUUACUGAAUAGGAAUGGUGAAACUUUAUGCUCCAUAAGCCUGCUGCUGAACUUUGUGGAAAAUUAGUGUAGCAACUUUUUACUAACAACAAACUUGUUUGGAAUCUCUUACCUUUCACUGUGGAUAGUGUAAUCAACGGAUCAUAUAUAUAUAUCUUCCAAAAUGGGCUGUGUGUUAUCAACUAUUGAUGAGGAUGGAAGGGUUGGCAUCUGCAAGGAAAGAAAGAAAGUAAUCAAACAGUUAGUAGGUAUUAGAGAGGAGUUUUCUGAUUCACUUUUAGCUUAUUUGAAAGCAUUGAGGAACACUGGAGCAACUCUUAGACAGUUCACGGAGUCCGAUACAUUAGAAUUAGACUUUGCCUCCACCGGUUUGCCUGAGCCACCUUCUCCGCCAGCUAAUUUGUUACUGCCACCGCCGCUUCCUCCUUUUCUUGCUGGCAAGAGUGUGGUUCAUGUUGAUCAAGAUGAAGUUAUACUAGAGAAUGAUGUUCCUAUGGUGGAAAAUGAUCCAAGUUUGAACUCAUCGUUGCUAUUUCGACCUGCAGAUAAGAAAGACAUAGUGGAAUUGUUUGAAGAGGAGAAUUGGGAAGAAACAAAAACAGAAUUCGAGGAUGAAGACAUAAACUCAGAAGGUGGUGUGAGUGUUGGAAAAUCGCGUAGUGGGAAGCAACAUGUUAGAGAACCGGUUGGGGAUAAUUGUUCUGCGUUGAGUUUGUUUAGAAAUGAAACUCACGUUACUAAAGCUGUGCCUAUGGUGGUUGGUAGAAGUGGGAAAACAUUGGAGGGUAUAGUUAAAGAGUUAGAUGAUCAUUUCUUGAAAGCAUCGGCAUGUAUAAAGGAAAUUGCUGUUCUUAUUGAUAUCAGUGGAGGAGAUACUCUUCUGCGGCAGAAUUCUGGGCGUCAGCAUAGCAAGAGAAGCAAUUCUGCCAGGGUAUUCAGUGUACUUUCACGGAGUUGGUAUACUAAGUCGCCCCAGUUCAGGCUCAGCAAAGAAGAAACCGAGUUUUCUAGUCCUAGUGAACCAUGCAGGCCCGGGGCUCAUUGUGCAACACUUAGAAAAUUAUAUGCUGCAGAGAAGAAACUUUAUAAGGCAAUAAAGGAAGAGGGAAUUUCCAAAUUGGAGUUUGAGAGGAAGUCCUUGUUAUUGAAGAAACAAGAGGAUGAGAACCUUGAUUUGGUCAAAAUCGACAAAAUUCGAUCAAAUGUUGAGAAGUUGGAGUCUGAUUUAAUAAGCCUACAACAGUGCAUCAGCGAAACAACUUCAUCAAUUUUGGAACUUAUAGACGAAGAGCUUUUACCUCAGCUGGUUGCAUUAACUGCAGGGUUGGCGCAGAUGUGGAGGAUAAUGCAUGAGAGCCAUCAGUCCCAGGCACUGAUCUCCCAGCAGUUGAGUAACCUAAGUGAUAACCAAAACACAAUUCUAAAUUCUGAAUAUCAUCACCAGGCUACAAUUCAGUUUGAGUGUGAGGCCUCUUAUUGGUAUAACAGCUUCUGUAAACUUGUAAAAUCUCAACGAGAGUACGUAAGGACCCUCAGUAGGUGGAUUCAGCUUACACAUUGCCUCAGGGAGGGUCAUGAAAGUGGCAAUCACUCUUCUAUUCGCACCAUCUGUGAACAGUGGGAACUUGGGCUUGAUGGAUUACCUGAUAAGGAGGUCGCUGAUGCAAUAAAAAACCUUCUGUUAUCCAUCCGUUCAAUAAUUACUCAACAGGCUGAGGAAGACAACAUUCUGAAAAGAUUGGAAAAACUUCAAAGAAAGUUGCAGAGGUGCUCAACCUCCCGGGAUGAGAUGCAGAAAAAAAUUGAAUCUAACUUGGAAGAUGAUGGCGACAUAGCUAAUAUGAGCCCCAAGCAUCCACUACAUUCUAAAAUAGCCGAAACAGAAGCCUUAAAGAAGCAAGUGGAAAGUGUGAAAGCAGAUUAUUUGGAUUCUGUUCAGUAUAGUAGGACCAUGACCCUAGAUAACCUCAAAACCAGACUUCCCUAUCUCUUCCUGUCACUGAUGGAAUUUUCAAGUGCUUCCUCUCAAGCAAUUGAGGCUAUCAAUUCCCAGUCAAGCCAAUAGAAUGCAGUGACUAUGCAUCAAAACACAUGUUCACUUUUAGGUGCUUUGGAUGGUAGUCAGCUUGUGCUUCAUGCUGAUAUGAGCACAAAAUACAUAUAUGGUGUAAAUUGUGUUUCUGAACGUUUGUAUACUGAAACAAAAUUGUGUUGAGCCAUUCUAUUAGCUUUUUUGUAUCUCUUCAACUCUCCAUACCACAACAUUAUGAAAUUUGAAGGAUAAUAUUUAUAUUGUGAAAGAGAAAAAACAUUACUCCCUUUACCUCA